GGCGGCCAUCACGGCGAGACGACACAGCUAAACCUCCUUCCACUUGUAACUGACCAUGGCCGCUAUUCCACAUCCGUGUCCAUACAUAUUGCUGCUUGCUUUUCUUAAAGAUGCAUAUGGAAAAAUCGUUUUUCAGCCAGCCUUCAUCAUCACCACUGGGCCAAAAGUGACUACUUUCCUGGUGGGGAAUGCUUCUGGGACCUCUUUCAUCUUGAGCACCGUCCAGCCAUCAAACAUAACUGGUGCCCUUCCUCUCCCUUCCUGCACCAAAGAAGACCCUGGACAGUGGCUCCUCCGCAGUGAGACAUUAGAAAAGAACUCACUGAAAGUGGAGCUCAGUCUGAACCGCAGCCUGCAGCUCUGCGGCAAUGAGACGGACUGCUGCCCACAGCCGCUUUGUGUGCUGGAGACGCUGCGAGUGCUGGCCUGCCAGGGCACCUCGCCGCACGCCACGCUCCUGGUGCAGGCCCACAUUUACGCUGUGCUCGUCCCCACAGGGCCCAUGUCUGAAAACAAGACUGUGAUUCCAAACCAAGCCUACCAGCCCCUGGGGCCCUGUCCCUGCGAUCUCACCUGGAACACCUGUGAUGUGCGGUGCUGCUGUGACCAGGAUUGCUCUCCUGAUGUCCUGCAGCUGUUCAAAUCUAAAUGCUUCCCCGGGGUCUUUGGUGGCAAUGUCAUGCCCCCUCCCGACUACCAGUGCUCAGUUCAGUCGUCCACAAACAACCCGGAUUGGUUUCCCUUCCUCUGCGUCACAUCGCCCUGUGACAACAGCCCCUACCUGGGCCUCUUCUUUCAAGGAUACACAGUGACACCCAGACGCAGCCCUUCCUUCCAAGCCCCCAGUGUCACUGCACCACUCGUAGUUGCUGUGUACUGCCAGGGGGAUCCCAUCUUCAGAGAUGACGGCCAGUAUUUUACCAUCCCUCAGAGGUCCAUGGUGGGUCAGUGUGUAGACAAUGCCCCAGUGGCGUUCCUGCAAAACUUCCGCUUUUGGUGUCCAAGCCGACUUGUGUCCUGUCCAACCGGGCCACCUCUGCAAACGACAGCCUCCGAGCUGAGGGUCAGAGUGAGAGAUGGCUUUGGAGGCACUGUCACGGUCAGUGUUGAGGAAGAUGAGGCCAGGGAUCUCAGCCUUUUUGUGUCCAGUCCUAGUCCUUCUCUUGUCCCUGGGCAAACACAGGCAUCUGCUAUAGAUCCAACACGCAACCAGUUGGAUAUUCCGAUGUGUCACAACAUGACUUUGGCCAUGGACUACACAUUCACCUGGAGAGCCAACGGCCUCGUUCAUGUUACCCUCAUACGUACUGUUGGCAGUGUGCCACUGGAUCCUGGAGCCUCGGUGACAGCCAGGUACUCGGCAGUGUUUGUGAACUGGAAUGGCUCUGCUGAGCCCAAUUCAGGAAACCCAGGUUAUAUCAUUGGCAAACCUGUCAUUGGGGGAUCCCUGGACAAGGACACGGGAAGUAUCCAGAGGUCACCCAUAAGCCUCUGGCAGCCAGUGGGAGAAGGUCUGUGUGCCUCAGCUGGUAAAAAACCGGUUAUGUUUGACGAAAAUGCAACAGCAGGAUGCCUUCUCCGCUUGGGUGCGCAAGACCUAGAACAGUGCAGCCAGCUCAGAGAUACUGUGCGUGUUGGUCUGGCUGCUUUGGUCACAGCAACGUUUGUGGCCAGGAAAGGAAACCCUAGUGCUGCCGACCUCGCCGACUGGGUGAACAUCACCUUCAUCCCCCUGAAUGGCAGCACUUCGUCGGUGAGUCCCCCUGGUGUCUGUGAGCACAUCCCGUCUCACUUGAACAUCCACAUCUAUAGCACAGAGGCAUGGUCAUGUGGAAGUCUGCAAAGGCUGAUCCUUGCCAUGGAGGUCAGUUACACCCUAUCUACCUGGAGGGUGAAGUGUGGGGGUGGAGACCCCCGUCCCUGCUCCGAAGCCUCAGUUACCCAUUCCUUCCCUGUCACUUCAGCUGUCACGUUCAUCAACAUUCCUGCUCAAAUCCCACCACCCAAAACCAGGUUCCAGAUCAAUUUCACAGAGUUUGACUGUGACAGGAAUGAUGUGUGCUGGCCCCAGCUUGCAUACCCUUUGACUAGAUACUACACAGGUGAAGCCUACUGCCUGUCCCUUGCAAAAGGUCUGACCCUGAUCAUCAUCUUCAUUUCUGCCUCUCUGCUGGGGAACCCAUGGAAGCAGAUCUGUCAGGUGUGGAGAAGCACCUGGGUUUGACAGUUAAGGACACCUAUGCAGACGAUACCAAACCCUUCAGCUUACCAGUGGAGUGACUGGUCCCAAAGAUGUCUUCUGUUGCUCUUCUGUCACCAUCUGUUUUGCUUUAGAUAACAUGAGAUGAGAAAAUGGCCUCCUUGCUCAUGUUCACACCUUUGGGACAGAGCUGGUGUUGGCUGUUCAGCUAUAUUACUUGUAUUAAAUUAUAAGUUAUGGUGUUGGUACAUAAAACCACAGUGAACACAAAGUACUGUUCACAAAAAAACAUUUUCUUCUCACAGGCCUUUUGCUGCCGUCAUGUGGACUUCACCACAACACAUCUGUGCUUAGAUACAUGUUAUUGGCUUAUUAAAAGUUAACUGCAUAUUUUCUGAAAUUCUCAGUGUCAAAAUUGUUAGGAAUGCAAUGAGUUUUCAAGCACAUGCAUUGCAUUUUCUGCUAUUUGUGGCAUAUAUGUUAGAUUUUGUGGGUCGGAUUUUUUUUUAUUUUGCUUCCCAUUUUCUAAUGUAAUACAUCUUGUUAAAGAAAGACGGGUACUGACCAUGGCUCUGGAGCACUAUUAGUUUAAGGAACAGGUAUUAUCACUAUCCAGUAAUUUUAAAAUUUUCCUUGUAUAUUUUGGUUAUCUGCUGUGCAUUACUGUACUUUUUCUUGCAGUGCAUGGUUUAAAAGACACGUUUCUCUUCCCACGAAAAGCUUGGUAAUUUUUUCAUGGCAUCUGAUGUGAUUUUUGUAACUAAGAGAAUUUGUACAAAUUGGUUAGUGUUUCUACCGCAUUUUGCAGCUUUUAAGUCA